CCCCCCACCGUCGUCGUGCUUCCUUCUUGAUGGUGCAGAGGAGCUUCUAUAGCGGCGGGCUCGGAUAAUCUCAUUUGUAAAUCAAAGAGGAGUCGGACGACGCCAGGACACUGACGUAUGAGGCUGAUGUAUGUUGCCGGCGAGGAGACUUCAGUCCUCAGGAGACCUCCACUCGCCCUCCACAAGAGUCCUUUCAUCCUGCAUCCAGGGGCAUGCCUCCUGAACCCGGCCACAGCAGGGAGAUGCUGACAGGACAUAGACUCUGCCAAUCCAAGUCCCAUCAGGACUCCGUCCUGUCUGCCCUCAACCAGCAGAGGAAAGAUGGACUUCUGUGUGACGUCACCCUGGUGGCCGGGGAGGAAAAGUUCCAUGCUCACAAAGCCAUUCUGGCAGCAUGCAGUGAUUACUUCCGGGCCAUGUUCAGCUUGUGCAUGGUGGAGAGCGUGGCAGAUGAAGUGACUCUUCAAGGAGUGACCAGUGUUGGACUGAAGCAUGCCUUGGACUUUGCCUACACUGGACAGAUUGUGCUGGAGCCAGCAGUGAUCCAGGAUGUUUUGUCUGCUGGCAGCCACCUUCAGCUGCUGGAGCUCCUCAGCAUCUGCUCCCACUACCUCAUUCAGGAAAUGAGCAGUGCCAACUACUUAGAGCUCUACCGUGUGGCCGACCUCUUCCACCUUCCUUCCUUGGAGGAGGCUGCGGUGGACUUCUUGGUGGGUCACCUUUCUGAGCUGAGCCAGACGCGGCAGGAGGAGGCCCUGCAGCUGCCGUUUCGCCUUCUCAAGGAAGUCCUCAAGAGUGACCGUCUCACCUCGCUGAGUGAAGAAGAGAUAUGGAAGUUUGUUGUCAUGUGGUUGGAACAUGACUGCCGCUACCAGUACACUGAAGAUCUUCUGCAACAUGUCCGCUAUGGCCUGAUGGACGUCUCGACCCUGCAUCACCUAGCCUGUAGCCACCCUCUGGUGCAGUCCAGCUCCACUGUUGCGGCUCUAGUAGAUGAAGCCCUGGAUUACAACCAUGCCAAAUUUGCACAGCCUCUUAACCAGUCAGCCCGUACCAGGCCUCGCUUCAAGUCCCUCACCCUCUACAUUGCUGGUGGAAGAAAGCGGGAGGUGUGCAGAGUCCGGGAGCUGCGUUACUUCAAUCCAACUGCACAGGAGCACAUACGUGUGGCGGGAGGAUCGAACUGGAGCGAGUUGGCACCCAUGCCCACUGGGCGCAGCCACCAUUGUGUGGCUGUAAUGGGGAACUUCCUCUUUGUUGUGGGUGGGGAGAUGGAGCACACCAGUGGGAGGACAUGUGCGGUUAGGACUGCUUGUCGAUAUGACCCCAGGGCAAACCGCUGGACUGAGAUAGCCUCCAUGAAGGCCUGCAGAGAACACUUUGUACUAGGAGCUUUGGGUCAGUACCUGUAUGCAGUGGGCGGCAGGAACGAGCUGAGGCAGGUCCUCCCCUCAGUAGAGCGCUACUGUCCUAAAAAGAAUAAGUGGAUGUAUGUGCAACCCUUCGACCGCUCGCUUUCAUGUCACGCAGGCUGUGUGGCUGAAAACCUGCUCUGGGUCUCAGGUGGGGUGACAAACACAGCUCAGUACCAGAAUCGCCUGAUGGUAUACGAGCCAGAACAGGACCAGUGGUUAGCACGCAGUCCCAUGUUGCAGAGGCGGGUGUACCACGUCAUGGCAGCGGUGAGAAGGAAGCUUUACGUGCUUGGGGGGAAUGACCUGGACUACAAUAACGACCGCAUUCUGGUGCGCCACAUCGACUCUUACAACCUGGACGUGGACCAGUGGACACGUUGCUCCUUCAGCCUACUCACAGGUCAAAAUGAGUCUGGAGUGGCGGUCCACGAUGACAGGAUCUAUGUGGUUGGAGGGUACUCUAUUUGGACCAAUGAGCCUCUGGCAUGCAUUCAGGUGCUGGAUCUCAGUCGAGAGGGAAAAGAGGAAGUUUUCUACGGGCCAACAUUGCCGUUUGCCUCAAAUGGGAUAGCAACUUGUUUCCUCCCAGCUCCAUAUUUCACAUGCCCCAACCUUCAGACACUCCAAGUACCCCAUCACAGGAUUGGUGCUGUUUAAACCACUGGUGAAACUGUCUGUCAGGAUGGAAAUAGGAUUGAGGGACAGCCUUUCCUUGGACAGUCAAUAUUUGAAAAUGUGAUUUGAAAAUAACGAUAAUGACAGUAUUUCUGUUACAAAGGAGAUCAUCUCUCCUGACUUGCUGCUCUCCUAUCUUUGUUGUGUUUCCCUAAAAUGCAAACCAGCCAUCCUGGUGUCGAGUGAUUACACACAAACACACACACACACAAAAAGGCAUAAAACAGUGUAUGGAGGCACUAAAUGCAACCCCUGGAGAACAACUAUUUUACCCUGCUUAAUUAUUUACUAUGUAAUUUGAGCAGCAAGAUGUUUUUCCAAACCUCGAAUAGAAACCACUGCGGCAAUGUACGUUAUCACCCUCUGUAAUGUGAGAUUCAUAACAUGUUCAAGACCCAAUAUAUGUUUAUUGUUAAACUAUAUGCUUAGUAUUCUAUUCAGUAUGUAAAUGCACAGAUACACAUGUGGACAAAAUUGUUGGCACCCCUCUGUUAAUGAAAGAAAAAAAAAACACACUGCUCACCGAAAUUACUUGUAUCUGACAAAAAGAAUUUCAAAAAAAAUCACGAAACUUAACCAAUGAAAAUCAGACAAUGCUUGUGAAUUGUGGUUCAACAGAAUUAUUUUCAAAACAAACUGAUGGUACCCUUAAUAUUUUGUUGCACAACCAUUUGAGGCUAUCACUGCGAUCAAACGAUUUUUAUAACUUUCAAUAAGACUUCUGCACCUCUCAGUAAGUAUUUUGGCCCACUCUGGAGGAAACUGCUACAAUUGUCUCAGGUUUGAAGGGUGCAUUCUCCAGACGGCAUGUCUCGGCUCCUUCCACAGAUGUUCAAUAGGGCUCAUACGUAGAAGGCCACGUCAGAAUAGUCCAAUGUUUUGCUCUUAUAGCUGUGUGUUUUGGGUCAUUAUUGUGUCGCAAGACGCAUGACCUGCGACUGAGACCGAGCUUUCUGAUACCGGGUGGCACAUUUCUCUCUCGAAUGCCAUGAUAGUCUUGAGAGUUCAUUGUACUCUCCACAUAUUCGAGACACCCUGUGCCAGAUGUAGCAAUGCAGCCCCAGAACAUAACAGAGCCACUUCCAUGUUUCAUAGUAGGGACAGUGUUCAUUUCUUGGUAUGCUUCAAUUUUGCAGUGUGACAAAUUCCAGUCUGGCUUUUUGUAUGGCUGUAUUUUCAACAGUGGUGUUCUCCUGGGCUGUCUCCCAUGAAGUCCACUUUGGCGCAAACAACGACCGAUUGUGAGAUCUGACACUGAUGUACUUUGACCUUGGAGUUCACCUUUAAUUUCCUUGGAGGUUGUUCUGGGCUUUUUGUUACCAUUUGUAUUAUCCGUCACUUCAAUUUGUCAUCAAUGUUCCUCCUGCGGCCACGUCCAGGGAAGUUGGCUACAGUCCCGUGGAUGUUAAAUUUCUGAAUAAUAUGUGCAACUGUAGUCACAGGAACAUCAAGCUGAUUGGAGAUGGUCUUGUAGCCUUUACCUAUAACGUACUUGUCUAUCAUUUUCUUUCUAAUCUCCUGAGGCCAGUCUCUCCUUCGCUUCCUCUGGUCCAUGCUUGGUGUGCUACACAACAUGUCACCAAAAACCACAGUGAUUAUUUGUCACCCUUUAAAUAGGCCGACUGAGUGAUUACUAGUUUGAAGAGACUAAUUAGGGGGGGGACACACCUUGUUUGAAUAUGUCCAUAUGGUUAUUAUUUUCAAUCCUUUCCAGGAUUACCAUCAUUUUGUCCAUGCCAGUUUCAUGAGUUUGUUUUUUUAAAAUAAUUAUUUUAAACCACAAGUCAAAAGCAAUGCCUGAUUUGCAUUGGUUAGUUUUCCUUAUUUAUUUUUAUAUUUAUUGUUACUUUUGCCAGAUUCAAGUUGUCUAUUUCUGUGAUUUUUUUUUCAUUAACAGAGGGGUACCGACAAUUUUAUCCACGAGUAACUAUAUCAUGCCGAUUUUCAAAGCAGUAUGUUUGAACCAAAAUAAUUAUGUGCAAUACUGAAAUUCCCUUAUCAGUCUUUGAGCAAAUACUGUAUAUCGACGUUUCAAAAAUAAAUACAAAUAACUUGUAAAUGUGAUCUACGCAUUAUUAAUGUCAUAG